AUGGGUGAUGAUUUCACACUGGCGGAUUAUGUUGCUACACUUACCAUGCUUGGAAUUGUAUCCGUUCUCGGGACAAUUGGUAAUCUACUCGUUGUUGGCGUCUAUCUACAGCACUUAUUGUGGCCUCAUCUACAGCGUCAUUUUCAGAAAGGCUAUCAGAUCAACUACAGUGAAAAACAGUGUGCAACCUUGACGGCUAGCUAUGACGAUGCAACGCUGACCGACCAGUUCUGUGAUCGACAAAUGACGACACCUACAUUUUUCAUUCUUGUGUUAGCUAUAGUCGAUCUGAUCGUCUGCUGUUUUGUAGUUCCAUUAGCAUUCUAUUUGGAAUUUGUCGAGCUGAAAGCGAGCAGUGAACUGUGGUGUAAACUUCACGCAUUUGGUUCUGUGUGCAAUACAAUGUUCAGUUCUUUACUGGUAAUCGCAAUAGCACUUGACCGCUACUUUGCCAUAUGUCACCCAUUGAAAAAUGUGCUUACAAUGAGGCGAGCUAAAAUUCUCACGGCUGCUUUAGCCAUCUUUUGCUGUGUGUACGGUAUUUUAUCCCAGGAUAUGAUGGCGCUAGACGUAGGAAAGCUCAGCAACGACAAUGUUCCCCGAUGCCAUGAUGCAAUCGAACUCGCAAAUAUCACAUCGACAAAGGUUUAUUUCUACCACAUUAUUCAGAAGGGGAACAGUUCUUGCUUUGUAUUAUCAAUACUCGUUGUGUUGAUACUGUAUUCAUUAAUCUUGCGGGCUGCACUCAAGGCGCAACGCAGGAUACGCAACAAUGCUUUGUGGCGAGAGAUUCGAGCGGCGAUUGUUUUGUUUGUUGUCGCUGUCGUCUACAUCAUAGUUUUUGCACCAUCUCUAUUGUCUGCUAACCACCUGAUCCCAGGAACUCUUUUUGGAUAUAAUAGUUACUACCUGAACAAUAUGUCCAACCCUUUAAUAUACUGCUUUAUGAGCCAAGCGUUCCGACGAAGGCUAAAAGUACUCCUGUGCAGCGCCUGUAUAAAUUCAGUUCAAUCACAGGAUGAUGCCAUGUUUUCCCGAUCUGGACGUCGGGAAAGAAUCCGACGAUUGAUGCAAACGGUGGAAGAUGGAUGA